AUGACUUCUCGUCCUGCCCUGGGGACUCAUGGCAGUGGUGCGCCCUCGCGGAACCAGGUGCGGCGGCCCUCGAAGCCGGCCAACGCUCUCCCGCCCGACUGCAUCGAUCCCACGCUCGAGGACGAGAGACCUGCCGCCCACAACGGCGCCAGCGAGGCCAGGCCGCCGCCGAGAGGCAGGCCACACAUCUUCUACAGCACCCUUGCCAGCAGUGCCUUCGACCUGCCCAUCCACUCCUUCCCCUAUCAACCCACCGUGAAUCUCCCCGUGCCUCCACGGCCCGGUUCUCUGCACCUGAGAGAUGCCUCCCAGCAGCGCCAGAUCCUGCCGGGAGGGACAGGUGUGAAGGAUGCGCCGAAGCUGGGUGUCCCCGAGACGGUGCCUAUCCCGGUGCACUUUCCAGGCGAGAAGGCUGCGGACGUCUUCCCAUGGACUGGUACCAAUGCCGAGGAUACCCUCUCCGAGGCGCUGGUCAAGGCAGGGGUGAGCAACAAGCCGCAGAUUAUGAACGAGACGAACACUGCCCGGCCAUCGCUGUGGUCCAACCUCAAAAACAAGUCGGGCAUUACGACGCUGUCCACGCUGUUCGUUGCCGUGCUGGAGAAGAGGCAGCAGAAUGGCCGCCUGCAAACGCCCAACACCUUCAAGCCUCCGCCACGCCUGACGCUGCGAGACUCGACCCGCGAGGGGUGGCUCCACGAUCUCGCAAACCCCACGGUAAGCCUCCGGAGGCUGAGCCGCACCAUUCCGCAUGGCCUCACAGGAAAGGUCCUGCUCGACCAAUGUCUGAACAAGAACAUCCCGCUCCCACGAGCUCUUUGGCUCGCCAAGUGUGUCGGUAUCAACGAGCUGCGUGCGCACAAGCGUAAGGGCCAAGCAGGCACUGUGACCUGGGGCAGAGGUUGGACAAGCUCUGUAGAGCAAUUCCUCGAUAGUGUCAUAUCCACCAUCGGACAGGGCGAUUGGAAGCUUCGCAUCACUUACGCGUAA